UGGUCGCUGAGCACUUCCACUUCCGGUAUUAGGACUCCAUGACCUGUGUGUACGUUUAGUGCCGAGCAGUUCAGCUGAUUCACCACCGUAUUUGGAGCGUUAAAACAGCGCGUUUAUCGAGUAGCUGGCGUGAUGCGGCAUCUUAGAAAAAUACUGGACUUGUAUGUUAUUUUGCAGUCCGCCUUCGUGCUGUCGUUCUGCUCCGCUGAGACGGAGCCCGGGCCUGGUGCGGGGAAUGGAGACCGAUUUAAGAUCGAGGGCCGUGCGGUUGUCUCGGGUGUGAAGGCGCAGGACUGGGUCUCUUCUGCCAGGGUGCUGGUAGAGGGAGGCGAGUAUAUCGGAUUUCUCAGGACUGAUGGGAGUUUUGCUGUACAUGAUGUUCCAUCUGGAUCCUAUGUAGUUGAAGUCAUAUCCCCGUCUUACAAAUUCGAGCCAAGCCGAGUGGACAUCACCUCUAAAGGGAAAAUGAGAGCUCGCAUGGUGAACUACAUCAAAACCUCGGAGGUAGUCCGACAACCAUACCCCCUCCAAAUGAGAGCUAUUGGGGCACAUUCGUACUUCAUGAAGCGAGAGACGUGGGGCUGGACUGAUUUCCUCAUGAAUCCGAUGGUCAUGAUGAUGGUCCUUCCCUUACUAAUCAUCGUUCUGCUCCCAAAAGUGGUCAAUACCAAUGACCCUGAAAUGAGAAAGGAGAUGGAGCAGUCCAUGAACAUGCUGAACCCUAAUCCAGAGUUACCAGAUGUCUCGGAGUUCAUGACUAAACUGUUUUCUAAGGGAUCCAGCAAGCCAGGAGGUAGCAAUAAAGGCAGCAGGAAUGCAGCACUGAAACGGAGGUAGUGCUGCCAAUGAAGACUGGAAUGUUUUUGUUUUAUGUAUAUUUCUUGUAGAGUUGUUUUGUGGCCUUUUUCCCCAUUUGUCACAAUAAAACUAACCAACUGUAAUAGAUAAUAAGCUUGAGCUUGACUUGGCAGGGCUGUACAAUAUGUUCACAAUGGUUUUUUUUUUUUUUUUUGGAGUUUUGGUUUUUUGUUUUGGUUUUUUUAUCAGAUGCUUUAUCACCACAUUUUAAUAUAUCUACUUGUAAACAUUUAACACCAUAUAGAAAAACAGCUGUAGUUCCAAUCAUGGUUAGUUUGGCCAAGAUCAUCAGAAAAGUAAUGUAUGCUUUUAUUGCUGCUGAGGCUGAGAUUUUCUAAAACAUGUUCUCUUUCGGGUUGAGGUUGGCUGAAACAUCACUUUAACCCACACCCAGUUUCCACUACUACUUGAAACAGAGCUUUUACAUUGAAAUAGUUGGUAAUAUUGUAUCGAGCUUGUAUAUGACUGUGAAUGAUGAUGAUGAUGAUGAAUGCCGAAAAUUUUAGCAAAGAAAUAUAAACCUAUUUAAACUGAAUGCUAAUAAAUUGUAAUGGACAUUUCACACGUGUCCUUUUUGAA